GCUGCAGCGGUGCCCGCGCUCCGGUGCCCGCGCUCCGGUGCGUCGGCCUCCUGGGCCCGCCACGGGGCGCCGUCCGCGCGCCCGCCGUGCGCCCUCCACCCACCUUCCCCGGUCCCAGCGCGAUGGGGUCCGCGGGCCGGCUGCCUCUGCUCGGCGUCCUGCUGCUGCCGCUGCUGGGCGGUACCCAGGCUGCCAUCAUCUUCAUCAAGGAGCCAUCCUCCCAGGAUGCACUGCAGGGUCGCCGGGCGCUGCUCCGCUGUGAGGUUGAGACCUCAGGCCCAGUGCACGUGUACUGGCUGCUCAACGGGGCCCCUGUCCAGGACACUGAACGGCGUUUCGCCGAGGGCAGCAGCCUGAGCUUCGCCGCUGUGGACCGGCUGCAGGACUCCGGGGCCUUCCAGUGUGUGGCCCGGAAUGAUGUCACGGGAGAGGAAGUGCGAAGUGCCAAUGCCUCCUUCAACAUCAAAUGGAUAGAAGCUGGUCCUGUGGUUCUGAAGCACCCAGCCUUGGAAGCUGAGAUCCAGCCACAUACCCAGGUCACACUGCGUUGCCACAUCGAUGGACACCCUCGGCCCACCUACCAGUGGUUCCGAGACGGGACCCCUCUCUCUGAUGGUCAGAGCAACCACACAGUUAGCAGCAAGGAGCGGAACCUGACGCUCCGGCCAGCCAGUCCUGAGCAUAGUGGUCUCUACUCCUGCUGUGCCCACAAUGCUUUUGGCCAGACCUGUAGCAGCCAGAACUUCACCUUGAACAUAGCUGAUGAAAGCUUUGCCAGGGUGGUGCUGGCACCUCGGGAUGUCAUUGUAGCAAAGAGCGGGGAAGCUAUGUUCCAUUGCCAGUUCUCGGCCCAGCCACCCCCAAGCCUGCAGUGGGUCUUUGAGGAUGAGACUCCCAUCACUAACCGUACUCGCCCCCCCCACCUCCGCAAAGCCAUGGUGUUUGCCAAUGGGUCCCUGCUGCUGACCCAGGUCAGGCCACGCAAUGCGGGGGUGUACCGCUGCAUCGGCCAGGGGCAGAGGGGCCCACCCGUUGUCCUGGAGGCCACGCUUCACCUGGCAGAGAUCGAAGACAUGGCGCCAUUUGAGCCACGCGUGUUCACAGCUGGCAGUGAGGAGCGUGUGGCCUGCCUGGCCCCUCCGGGUCUGCCAGAGCCCCGGGUGUGGUGGGAGCACGCUGGAGUCCGGCUGCCUGCCCAUGGCAGGGUUCACCAGAAAGCCCACGAGCUGGUGUUUACCAUUAUUGCCGAGACUGAUGCCGGUGUCUACACCUGCCACGCAGCCAACCUGGCUGGCCAGAGGCAACAGGAUGUCAACAUCACUGUGGCCACUGUGCCCACAUGGCUGCAGAUACCCCAAGACAGCCAGCUGGAGGAAGGCAAACCAGGCUACUUGCAUUGCCUGACCCAGGCUGCCCCUAAACCCACAGUGGUCUGGUAUAGGAACCAGAUGCUCAUCUUGGAGGACUCACGAUUCGAAGUGUUCAAGAACGGCACCUUGCGCAUCAACAGCGUGGAGGUGUACGACGGGACGCUGUACCGCUGCGUGAGCAGCACUGCGGCCGGCAGCAUUGAGGCCCAGGCCCGGGUCCAUGUGUUGGAAAAGCUCAAGUUCACACCACCGCCUCAGCCGCAGCAGUGCAUGGAGUUUGAUAAGGAAGCCACAGUGUCCUGCUCAGCCACCGGUCGAGAGAAGCCCACUAUUAAGUGGGUACGAGCAGAUGGGAGCAGCCUCCCCGAAUGGGUGACAGACAAUGCUGGAACGCUCCACUUUGCCCGAGUGACCAGGGAUGAUGCUGGCAACUACACGUGCAUUGCCUCCAAUGGGCCACAAGGCCAGAUCCGGGCCCACGUGCAGCUUACUGUGGCAGUGUUCAUCACCUUCAAAGUAGAGCCAGAGCGCACCACGGUGUACCAGGGCCACACGGCCCUGCUGCGGUGUGAGGCCCAGGGAGACCCUAAGCCUCUCAUUCAGUGGAAGGGCAAAGACCGCAUCCUGGACCCCACCAAGUUGGGACCCAGGAUGCACAUCUUCCAGAAUGGCUCCCUGGUGAUUCAUGAUGUGGCCCCUGAGGACUCUGGCCGCUACACCUGCAUCGCGGGCAACAGCUGCAACAUCAAGCACACCGAGGCUCCCCUCUAUGUUGUGGACAAGCCAGUGCUGGAGGAAUCAGAGGGCCCAGGCAGCCCUCCUCCCUAUAAGAUGAUCCAGACCAUUGGACUGUCAGUGGGUGCUGCAGUAGCCUACAUCAUCGCUGUGCUGGGCCUCAUGUUCUAUUGCAAGAAGCGUUGUAAAGCCAAGCGAUUGCAGAAGCAGCCAGAGGGCGAGGAGCCAGAGAUGGAGUGUCUCAAUGGUGGACCUUUGCAGAAUGGACAGCCCUCCGCAGAGAUCCAAGAGGAGGUGGCCUUGGCCAGCUUGGCCUCUGGCACCAUGGCCUCCAACAAGCGCCACAGCACCAGUGACAAGAUGCACUUCCCUCGGGCCAACUUGCAGCCCAUCACCACCCUGGGGAAAAGUGAGUUUGGGGAGGUGUUCCUGGCGAAGGCACAGGGCCUGGAGGAGGGCGUGGCAGAGAGCCUGGUGCUUGUGAAGAGCUUGCAGAGCAAGGAUGAGCAGCAGCAACUGGACUUCCGGAGGGAGUUCGAGAUGUUUGGGAAGUUGAAUCACGCCAACGUGGUGCGGCUGCUGGGGCUGUGCCGCGAGGCCGAGCCUCACUACAUGGUGCUGGAGUAUGUGGAUCUGGGAGACCUCAAACAGUUCCUGAGGAUUUCCAAGAACAAGGAUGAAAAAUUGAAGUCACAGCCUCUGAGCACCAAGCAGAAGGUGGCCUUGUGCACCCAGGUGGCCUUGGGCAUGGAGCACCUAUCCAACAAUCGAUUUGUGCACAAGGACUUAGCUGCUCGCAAUUGCCUAGUCAGCGCCCAGAGACAGGUGAAGGUGUCGGCCCUGGGUCUCAGCAAGGAUGUAUACAACAGUGAGUACUACCACUUCCGCCAGGCCUGGGUACCGCUGCGCUGGAUGUCCCCGGAGGCCAUCCUGGAGGGUGACUUCUCUACUAAGUCUGAUGUCUGGGCCUUUGGUGUGCUGAUGUGGGAAGUGUUCACCCAUGGGGAGAUGCCCCAUGGAGGGCAGGCAGACGAUGAAGUAUUGGCAGAUUUGCAGGCUGGGAAGGCUCGGCUCCAGCAGCCUGAGGGCUGUCCUUCAAAGCUGUACAGGCUGAUGCAGCGUUGCUGGGCCCUCAGCCCCAAGGACCGGCCCUCCUUCAGCGAGAUCACCAACGCCUUGGGAGAUGGCCCAGCAGACAGCAAGCUGUGAGGACGGAGCCCAGUAGGCUGUGCCUCAGGACAUCUGAGGGGAGCCUGUAGCAUGACGGGCAAGAUCCCUGUCUUCCUCCUUGGCCCCGGGGUUCCUGCCAGAGCACAGCCGGUGCUAAGGUCUGGGCAGUGCCUGGGCUUGUCUCUUCCUCCCCUUCAACCCUUGGACAGGCCAUUUCUAACCCAGACUGGGUUACUAGGCUAGCCUUGGGCUGGGCAUCUUUCUCUGCCACCCCUUCCCUCAUCAGGGACAAUAUGGGAGCCUCAGGUAACCCCAACUUCCGGCCAGGUCAGAACUUCUUGGCCUUCUUCCUUUUGGCCAGGUCCAGCUCUGCCAUUCAUCUGCCGACUUUGCCUAGGAGGGCUAGGCUGGGGAUGAGCUGGGUUUGGGGAGUUCCUUCAUAUACUCAAGUACUAGGCUAGCUCUGGACAUACAGGGCCAAUGGGCCUACCUGGGGGGUCUAAACCAAGAUUGUGGAGGAUACAGCAAGUGAGUCCUCCCCUUUGAGGCUUGUGCACACUAAUCCAGACCUAGGCCUUCCCGUGCCCUUCCCUCCUUUCCUCAUCCUAAGUGCCUGGCAGAUGAAGGAGUUUUCAGGAGCUUUUGACACUAUAUAACCCGCCCUUUUUGUAUUGUAUGCACCACGGGCGGCUUUUAUAUAUAAUUGCAG